UAGGUAUAGCACGGUCCAGAUAGAACCCUUCUAGACUGUGAGGUAUAUAGGCAGGCAGGAGAGGUCGCUUCUGAAAGGGUAGCGUAGUCCCCCUACGAGUGAAAUACCGAACCGCGAGUCUACAAGUGAUGCUAGCGACUGAGAAUUGAAACACUGACGCGUCGUCGAUUCGUACAAAAAUAGCGAUGAGAGGGACGGCCGUCGUUGCUCUUCUGUUUUUGUGGGCGGCUGCUGCAUCUUCCUCCUCCUCCUCUUCUUCUUCUUUUCUGUCUGAGAAGAGAGCGAAACUGUCCCAGGAACGGGAAAUUGAACACCUAGAAGAGACCGGCGCCCUUCGUGACGCGGUCGUCGACGACGACGACGACGACGACGAGGUCGUUCCGUCUUUCUCUAGAGGAAGCGAACAGGGGGAGGAGAAGAAGACGGACAACCCCGAUAAACAGCGUCGCAGAAGAAAGCGGUCGGAAACGGGAAGAAACGGCAAUGAAACGAAUGAUGAGCUUCCGAAAGACGACGACGACGACCCGGAAGUGAAAAAGGAGAAUUCGGGAGGGAAAGACGUCGUCGGUGUUGGCGAGAAGAAAGAUAGAGUUGGAAUAGAGAUGGAUAAAGGAAGGAUGAACAGGCCGGAGAAGAGGAAAAAGGAAACGGGGAAAUUAUCGCUGAAAGUGAAAAGGGAGAUUUCGGGAGCGAUAGACGUCGUCGGUGAUGGUGAGAACGAGAAGAAAGAUAGAGUUGGGAAAGAGAGGGAUAAUAAAGGAAGGAAGAACAGGCCGGAGAAGAUGAAAAAGAAAGCGGGGAAAGGAUCGCAGAAAGAUCAGGUGAAAGGACUUGGUGUGGCCAAGAGGAGAAAACUCGAGGAGAAGAAACGGCCCGAGAAAGCUAAAGACAGGAACACCUUAAGGGAGAGAAAUCACGCAAAGAAAACCCGGGAUAAAAGGAAACAGAAGAAGAAGAAGAAGAAUAAGAAGGAAACGAAUGAUAUUCGCAAGACGGAUAAGAGAGUGAGUGGAGGAAGCGGGAAUAAAGAGGCUGACUGGAUGAAGCAAAAUCGUAAAAAGGAAACGAGCCGGAAAAAUGCAGACGUCGGUAAGAAAGGGAAUAAGGGGAACAAGAAAGAUAGAAAGAGGAAACAGGAUAAGAACCGACAGGCUGCAAGGAAGAAGAAGAAGAGGGGGAAGAAGAAGAAGAAGAAGAAGAAGAAGACCCAAAGACCAACAAAGACUGGUGAGAAAGAGAGCCACAGAGAGGACAACCAAAAUGAGGAGAAUAAAGGAGAAGGAAAAACCCAUAUCCCUGAUAUAGACGAGGCCACCGAGGACUCCGGGCUAUCGAAAAACGCUCCCAAAAAGACCGUCGGUACCAAGAAAGGGCCGGCGAGACCUCACAAAGCCCAGGGGCAACAGGGUCACACAGGGUCGAAAGUAUCGGAAACCAAAGGUGGCCCGCUAGCGAGGUCGUGUCUUGCGUCCUGUAAGUACUUGUGCUUUCUUCCUUUGCUUAAGUAG